AUGUUAGAAAAUGCUGAUUCUGGUGUAUUGGAUCCAUCUGUUAUUAAUGAUCCUGACUACAUGGAAGCUGUGGAAGAAAGAUCUCUUUCUCUUACAACUAAGCAAAAAGAUUUGCUAAAGGGAUAUUUAUUGAAUUACAGGCAGUUCCUUCAUGGCUAUGGAAAGAGUUGUGUUGGAAGUGUUGGAUUAUCUACUGGGUUUAGUUUGGAGCUUGUUGACACAAUUAUUGCUCAUGCUAGUGAGCUGACGUCACUUGAUGAGGUAAAAG